AUGGCGACGUCGAGGAAAUCUGAUGCUAGUGAAGGAACCUAUUGGAGCAAUGAACAAACCAAACCAAAUAUAAUGAUUGUCAAGGACACAAGGGGUCUGUGUGAGGACCUGAAAUACGUCAUUUCUGUCCCUGACCUGUGUGAUGUCACAUUCCUCGUGGGAGAAGACAGAUUACCCGUGUACGGAGUUAAAGCCAUUUUAGCCACCAGAAGCAGGCACAUGUAUCAACUUUUAUUAGCUGCAACAAGAGAUGCAAAGAAAAAAUCAGAGAAAAACAAAUCAGUUGUCAAGAAAGCGUUUAAGAAAAUUCAGCACCUACUUAGCCCGUCAUCUUCCGAAAAACUGAAAACAAUGUAUAACGACCAAGUUGUACAGAAAGUGACGGUGGAAGUGAAAAACUUUGACGUCACAGUGUUCGAACGGUUCAUGUGUUACGUCCAUUGUGGAACAGUAGCUGUCGACAUAUCAAACGUCGUGGGUUUAAUGAACGCAGCCCACACCUAUGACUUUCCUGAACUCCGUGAUGCAUGCUGGGAGUUUGCCAACAAUUACAUUAAGCCAGACACGCUGACACAGCUCACGUGCACAGCAGGAACGUACAUACAUUUUAAGUACACACGUAUGCUGAUGCAAAAGAUUCGACAGUUUCUUAACAAGACACCUGAUAUAACGAGUAAUUGCCCGGAGCUGUGUGGAACCGGCGGAUCACACAAGGAAGAAUACAUGCUUUGA